AAGAAACAGCAAACUGUUUCUGUGUCGUGAAACUUGUGAGGUUUUCGGUCACUUUUCUUCCGCGCUAGUUACAUUCAGACUGACACGAAUCGCAUCACCGAGUUGUUCGUCCAGUUCGAGUGAGAUUUGUUUUCGGACAAAUCGCUAGCUGUGAAUCGUGCGCCGUUGUUGCUGCUGUUGCUCAUCACCACACACACACACACACACACACCCGCAGGUCGCCCGCACCGUGGUGAGGUGGAUAUUUUUGGAUCCCAUCCGUUAGCGUACCGGGUUUAAGGCUAGUGUGACAUUGCCAAAAUGUUCAUCUGGGAUUGGUUCACCGGAGUACUAGGAUACCUAGGGCUGUGGAAGAAAUCAGGCAAAUUGCUCUUCCUUGGCUUAGACAAUGCUGGUAAGACGACACUGCUACACAUGCUGAAGGAUGACCGACUGGCACAGCACGUCCCAACACUCCACCCGACCUCGGAAGAGCUGUCGAUUGGAAACAUGCGGUUCACCACAUUCGAUUUGGGUGGACACACGCAAGCACGACGCGUUUGGAAGGACUAUUUCCCGGCGGUGGACGCGAUCGUGUUCCUGAUCGAUGCCUGGGACCGAAGCCGUUUCACCGAAAGCAAAAACGAACUGGACUCGCUGCUCACCGACGAAGCGUUAUCGAACUGCCCGGUACUGAUUCUCGGCAACAAGAUCGACAAACCGGGUGCAGCGAGCGAGGACGAGCUGAGGAACUAUUUCGCCCUCUACCAGCUUACCACUGGCAAAGGCAAGGUGUCCCGCUCGGAGCUCCCAGGCCGUCCGCUCGAGCUGUUCAUGUGUUCCGUGUUGAAGCGACAGGGCUACGGCGAAGGAUUCCGCUGGUUGGCACAGUACAUCGAUUAAUAGUAUCCUUCCGUAUGGCAGUUAUAAUUUUUUUUCCUCGGGUAUCAAAGGGUGCGGGAUUAAGGCAAACAAAAACAACUACACAACCGGAUCAUCUGAAACCUACAGGCGUGAACAAAAACAGACCUCCCUUCAGAAGGACAAAAACUACAACACGGGCCGUUGUGUGCGUGUGUGAGUGGUGUGCGUGGUGCUGUACUACUAUUGUGUGCGCCGUCGAAUCUGCUUGCUAUGACCGAAAAGUCAGGCCAGCACAAAACGUAUUGUUAAACAAUUGGUCGAACUACGUCAAUCCAACGCAGCAACCUCUGCGCCCACGAGUGCUUAAAACUGUAGAGAAAUUAAACUCACCUGUGAGAGUGAAACAUCAAAAAACCGUUGUGCGCCACAUUGUCAUCAACUUACUAAGUCUAAGGAAGGAAAGUACUCAGAAGCUAACGAAAGGAACCGAAAGCAUUCCAUCUGUUGCUGCGCAAGGCCUGUCGUCCAAUCGAAACACUAGGUUUUUAUUCGCUUAAACUCUUCAUCUACUUCUUGUUCAGUCGCUUGAGAAAACUUGUACUUUACCACCCACCUAUGGACCGUUCUUUUGUGCAUCUUGUUUGGUUGUCUAUUUAAACUUUUUUUUUUUUGUUAUCUAGCGAAACUCACGCACCAUGGCCUGAACUAGCAGCAUUUGUCAGACAAACACAUUAGGAACAAAUAAUACUUCAUUCGUCUACUAGACUAGUUGGCUUCUGCCGCACGUACUUUAUGCUGCGGCUUUGCGUACGUGGAUAUUCAGUCCUCCCGUUCAGGGGAGGGCCCCGUCUUCGUUGGGUUCGUCACAACUACGCCUACGCUCGAUUUUUCCGGACCCUCCGCUUUAGCAAGUGAGCAAGUUUAGCAUUGAGUCUAAAAUAGAAUUAAAAAAUUCAAACAAGCAACCCAGUCGAAUUAAAAAAAAAACAAAUGUUUACAUACAAAAAAAAUCAAGCACGCAGUAAACCGUGGAAGAAGAAAUUCCAUUCAAGACCACAGGGACCCGG